ACUGUAGGUCACGCUAUGUAAGUAUUCUUCACUAACUCCAGGCCGUUGGGACAUAGCCUAUGCGAAGCUGUCUUCGGUAAGUAUUCUUCUCUAGCAUGCAAUGAUAUAUACGUCAAAGUUCUUGUUCGCAAAUACGAGACUUUACAGCACUGAAACGUUUAAGUCUCUGAGACUUCAACUUGGACCAAGAAAGAGACUUCUAGACUUACACUAGCCACUUCCCAUAUUUCGGAUCGACUUGAAACUUCCGACACCCACGACUUCAUUGGUAGGAUUCGUCAACACUCCGACUUGCCUUAUUCGGCCUGUAAUACAGAGCUUAGAAGUUAAACAAAAGCAGAGUAUGAUGGAAAAACGAUUGUGCGAGGGGAAUUUGAUACCAUAUCGGAGAUUUAAAUGUAGUAACUGAAUUGCCCCGAUUUCAUUAAUCAUCACGUAUAGAAGAGAUCAAGAAUUGAGAGCAAAUUUAAGGGGAACUUUCGUCUCCUCGUAGUAUCAUGACCAGAGGGGAAGGGCCUAGUAAAGUACAUUUCUCUUCUUUCCUCGCCUCGUGCUCCACCCUCGAAUCUCGUACCUCGCUCUCGUAUAGCUCUCUAAUUCACAUUUAUACGUCACACCUUUGUUUUGCUCAUGAACAGGGGGCUUAAGCAAAGACGAGGGCGACGGCAACGAAAACGGCAAAAAAAGCAAUAGGAUUAGAUUAACAAAAGAACAACUCUGCAAGUGUAUCACGCUUCUUUGUACAUUACUUUGCCGCCACUGCACGAUUACGACGUGAACCUUCCUAAUUUCACGUUUUAUUGCAGACGUGAACACAAGACAGCGAUUUUCUUUUUCUUUUUCUGAACUUCUACAGUCCUUUAGAAGUCAACUCCAAGUCAAAUCGCCAAAAUUUGACAAAGUGAAGGAGUUGGAAUUAGAGCGAUGAAACUGGAAGCAGAGCAAAUUCACUUUUUGGGUGACGCUUUCGCUCUCGUUGUCGUAGUCGUUCCUUAAGCUCCCUAAUGUUUAUUCCGGGGGUGAGGGAAAUUUAAGCAUAUUGCGCCAAUGGGUGUGGCGUUUGGUCACCGAUUUUUCUCCUGUGUUUUGAGCAACUCAGUCUUCCAAAGUUCAAAUGUUCAGGUAUUGUUGUUUGAAGUUUAUAUCUGACUGGUAUUUUGCGUGUCUUCCUUUCAUUCUCGCCAGAAACAUCAACAAUGAAGACUCAACUGUUCAUGGCAGUGUUAUUCUCUUGUUUUCCUGCCUUGGUUUUCAAAGUUCUUGUUCGCAAAUACGAGACUUUACAGCACUGAAACGUUUAAGUCUCUGAGACUUCAACUUGGACCAAGAAAGAGACUUCUAGACUUACACUAGCCACUUCCCAUAUUUCGGAUCGACUUGAAGCUUCCGACACCCACGAAUUUAUUGUUAGGAUUCGUCAACACUCCGACUUGCCUUAUUCGGUCUGUAAUAUAGAGCUUAGAAGUUAAACAAAAGCAGAGUAUGAUGGAAAAACGACUAUUCGAGGGGAAUUUGAUACGGCAUAUCGGAGAUUUAAAUGUAGUAACUGAAUUGCCCCGAUUUCUAAUCAUUAAUCAUCACGUAUAGAAGAGAUCAAGAAUUGAGAGCAAAUUUAAGGGGAACUUUCGUCUCCUCGUAGUAUCAUGACCCCAGGGGAAGGGCCUAGUAAAGUACAUUUCUCUUCUUCGCUCGCCUCGUGUUCCACCCUCGAAUCUCGUACUUCACUCUCGUACCGCGCUCCACCCUCGAAUCUCGUACUUCGCUCUCGUAUCGCGCUCUAAUUCACAUUUACACGUCACACGUUUGUUUUGCUCUUGAAUAGGGGGCUUAAGCAAAGACGAGGGCGACGGCAACGAAAACGGCAAAAAAGCAAUAGGAUUAGACUAACAAAAGAACAACUCUGCAAGUGUAUCACGCUUUUUUGUACAUUACUUUGCCGCCACUGCACGAUUACGACGUGAACCUUCCUAAUUUCACGUUUUAUUGCAGACGUGAACACAAGACAGCGAUUUCUUUUUCUUUUUCUGAACUUCUACAGUCCUUUAGAAGUCAACUCCAAGUAAAAUCGCCAAAAUUUGACAAAGUGAAAGAGUUGGAAUAAGAGCGAUGAAACUUGAAGCAGAGCAAAUUCACUUUUUGGGUGACGCUUUCGCUGUCGUUGCCGUAGUCGUUCCUUAAGCUCCCUAAUGUUUAUUCCGAGGGUGAGGGAAAUUUAAGCAUAUUGCGCCAUUGGGUGUGGCGUUUGGUCACCGAUUUUUGUCCUGUGGUUUGAGCAACUCAGUCUUCCAAAGUUCAAAUGUCCAGGUAUUGUUGUUUGAAGUUUAUAUCUGACUGGUAUUUUGCGUGUCUUCCUUUCAUUCUCGCCAGAAACAUCAACAAUGAAGACUCAACUGUUCAUGGCAGUGUUAUUCUCUUGUUUUCCUGCCUUGGUUUCCUCCACUCAAACACAGGUGACAAACUCGACCCCAUUUAUGAAAAAAUACCCUGACUGUAAUUUUGUUGACCAAAUUAACAUUGAUUUCCUCCACCUUCCAUGUUUUCAGGCCUAUUCAUCGGCUUGUUCAAAUGGGCAUCCUGGCAUUCCUGGAAGCCCCGGUUUACCAGGUCCCUACGGUCGCGACGGAGCGAAGGGGGAGAAAGGAGAGCGUGGAACCAAAGGAGGGAAGGGUGAGGUUGGUGCCCAGACCCCUUCAAAUUGGAAGCAAUGCGUUUGGAAGAAAGGUGAUGACAGAGACCACGGAUUGUUACAGGUAGGAAAAUGUUCAUCUAGUAGCCGAUUUGGGGCUCCUUUUUUUCUACAAUAUUUAUUCCGCUAGCACAGCUUUGUUGCCUUUUAGUAAUAGAGAGCUUUAGAUUCUAAGACGAGUACGACUACGAGUACGAGAUUUUCUCAAUACUAAGUAGUGCUAGCGCGAGAACCAGCGUCAUUUUGGCGGGAAAAUGUGGUAGCCGUCGUCAUUCUACUACGAGUUUUCCCGCGAAUGUUGUGGUGGCGAAAACAAGAUAUCAAAUGUUAAAAGUUCUUAUCAUUUUGCGAUCGGGAGGGCGCAUAACUCCUUCAGGGGCACCCAACGACAAUUUUCGGAAAAUAUCUGUUCGGAAGACGAUUUGAGAUCUAGAAUUUACUUAACAUUUGUUGGAAAAUUUCUUGCUUGCCUGCCUGUCCUAGGAUUUUCGAACAUCGAAAAAAUGGUGUAAUUGCCCAGCCUAGUCCCCAGGCGUUCUCUCUUGCCCCGUUGUCCGCGCGAAGUCUGGGAAAGAGCGGGUAUCUCUCGAUGACGUCACAGCUUACGUUAGAGUCCAGGAUUGACCGAGCCGAGAACGCCUAGGGACUAGGCUGAUAAUUGCCCAUUUUUAACGGAUUUUUACCCUAAAAAGGUCGCCUAGAAUUCUCGGGAGCCUUUUUUCUGGCUGAAAUUUUCGAAAAGGUAAGUUUUGAUCCCUAUAAUUUUCGGAUCACUAGACUUUCAACUAGGAAAUCCGAACAGAUGAAAAUUUUUAGGGGAUGAAAAUGUGCCCAUAUCUACCGUACGCGUUUAAAUACUAAAAUACGUUCAACAAUGCUAUGUUUAAGUGGUUUUGAACUAUAGUCUCGUUGGGUGCCCCUGCUCCUUCACUAUAAAAGAUAACAAUGCUAAUUUUUCUUGUGAAAAAUGGUAAAAUAAAGCUUUCCGGGGAGUCUAUAUUUUGAGAAUAGGCGAAAAAAAUUUAAGCCAAAUGUCGUACUCGUAGUCGUCCUCGUCUUAGAAUCUAAAGGUCUCUAAUGUAAAGACUAAAGCAAGAGGUAAGUUAAAGGCGCACGCGAGGCAAAGGCCCAAACGGCCGCAGCUUAUCCUGGUUUCCUGAAGCAUGCCUAGGAGUAUGACUACUCCUCCCUAGACGGGAUGCUAGUCCAUCGCAGGGUUAUCCCCCAGCAGUAAGUCGCCGGUACACCUGCGUGAAGAGAAACAAACUGGACUAAAGUUCUUUCAGUCUUAAGAACGAGGCGACGGGCGAGGACUGAACCCUUGGACUCUCAGAUCUGGAGUACGAAGUGUUAACCGCUCGGCCACACACGCCUCCACACUAAAGGUUGAUUUCCACUGACACGUUUUUGGCUACACACGUUAACUCACGUAAAUUUCAAUCACGUAAAUAAAAUAGAGGCAAGAUAAAAGGUGCUGAGCUUAACCGAAAAGAUUAGCGAGGUUAAACUUUUACGCUAACGAGCUAUCUUUCAUGCAUUGCCUCUAUUUUAUUCGCGAACGUAAUUUUCGCACGUACGCACUUAAAAAUUACGCGGAACUGGAAAUGAAAGGAACAUAAAAAAAGAUUUUUCAAUUCCUCCAGUUUUGCCUGAACUCAUAUCAUCAUUAUCUUUUUCGCCCUAGGAGUGCCUUUUUAACAAGAUGCAAGACCACACCACCCUGAGAGUCUUCUACUCUGGAGCUCUUCGCAUCUAUAACUGCAAUUCAUGUUGCAAGCGCUGGUUCUUUACCUUUAAUGGUGCUGAGUGCAGUGGGCCGAUGCCCAUUGAUGGCCUUAUUUACCUGCGUUCCGGAAGUAGUAAAGAGCCCCUCCGUACCCGCCAUAUGGAAGGUUACUGCGAAAAUGUCCCAAGGGGAGUGGUGCGAGUGGGAUUCAACGUUGGCAACUGUGCACGGCACGGUGAGGCAGACGCUCACUCGGGUUGGAACUCAGUGUCCCGGAUUGUGGUGGAAGAAGUACCAACUCCGCAGAAGUAAAAGCGAGUCGUCAAUAACACUGGAGAAUAAUUAUCAUGAUUCACUGAUGAUUAAAGUAGAAACAAAUAUCUGUCUUGUAGUAGCAUUGGCAGUUAUCAAAAUAUGUCACAUUCUGGUAUACUUUGUCGAACAAGACAUUAUUUGCCUCGCGUUGUUAUGCGGGGUCUAUAUUAUGCACUUAUCUACCCAUACCUAAGUUAUGGUAACAUUGUAGGGGAAAUACGUAGACAACAAGACUAGAACCAACAGGAAGGCUACAAAAGAAAAUUAUAAGGAUUAUUAAUUUUUCAAAAUUUAAGAACAUACUGGUCCACUCGUCAAAGAACUAUUAAUUUCACCUUUAGGUGGUAUAAACAAUGAAGCCAUUGCUUUGUUCAUGUUUCGAUACUUCAAUAACAAUCUACCAACAUCUUUCAAUGAUUUCUUUUGUCUGAACAAAGAUGUUCAUCAAUACAACACAACUGAGAUCAUCCUCCACGUUCACAAAAUCCAGGCACGAACUAAGUACCAGAAACACUCAGUAAAAUACAGAGGAGUUUCAAUAUGAAAUAACUUGCCAAAAUCUAUGAAAGAAAUUAAGACAUUCAAUUUAUUCAGGAAAAAAAUUAAAACGCAUUUUCUCCACAAGCAAGAAAAUUAGAAAUUCACUAUAUAAACGUAGAGUUUUACAUAAAUGAUUAUUCUAAAUAAGUUCGUCAAUUACUGUAAUCCUUGUAACAUAGCUAUAUCCUUAUUAUAAUCUUUAAAAUAAAUCAUUGUAGUAAACUUGUUCAGGGGCUCUCCUCGUAAAGCCCAAAAGAGUUAGCUGAGAGCUCCUGUCGAGGUAUAAUAUUAUGUUAUAUUAUUCUGUAAUUAAUAUGUGAAAGGGCAAAUAAAGAUUGAUUGAUUGAUUGAUUGAUUGAUUGAAUUCAGCAAGCCUUAAAGGAACUGUGUCACGAAAUUAUUUGGAUCAUUAUAUCUUUCUGGGUGACUACCCACCUACUCCUCCCUAAGCCAACAUUAACAUUAAUUUCUCACUUAGGGUAAAAUGGCAAAGAGUUACACCGCCUACAGAACCGUGCAGCCCUAAAUAUAAUACGGAAGAACACCUCAAAUGACAUUUUCUGUGUGCUAAACUGGUUAAAUCUAACUUCCAGGAGAAAAAUGCAUAAAUGCAUUCUAGUUUUUAAGUGUUUAUAUUAUCUAGUACCCAAGUAUCUUACGCAAUAUUUUACAAGGAAUGCGGAUUUGCACGAUCAUGUAACUAGGAGAAGCAACGACCCGCUUCCUCAAAAGCCUAAAAGUAACAUGGGCAAAAGAACUUUUUAAGUGUGCAGGGGCUAUUUAUUUCAAUUCUUUACCCAAUUAUGUUAAAAGUGCCACGUCUGUAAAUAGUUUUAAAAAGAUGCUAACCGAGUAUUUUACCUUAUAAUUUUAAUUUCUUAUCUCUUAGCACACACUCUAUAUUGACCUAGCUAGAUUUUUUACAGUAUUAUCGUUUAUGUUAAUCAUGUAUAUACCUUAGGAAUUUGUAAAUAGCAGACUUUUUUUUAUUUCUCAGGGCCCCUAUGGAUACCAGCCUCGUUGCUGAACGGGCUACCCUGAUGAAAUAAAGUUACUUACUUACUUACUUAAUUUUACUUACAUGAAAGUUGAAUUGAUCAACGUUAGGAGAAUUUAGAUGCUGGUCAUACGACGGGAAUUGGGUAAAACUUUCCAUGCCACUACGUACUUAGUCCUCAAAGACAAGUAACACUAACGUUCUUGAGAUUGUCAAUUUGUCUGCUGAUUAAAAUGUUACAAUAGUGUCAAUAGUCUGUCAGCUUCUGUCAGGUGAUUGGUUAGCUUCAUUCACUGACACUCGCCAGUUUUUAGUUUAUAGCACUAUACAAGAGCUGGGUUAGUGACGCAUUCACUUCUUUUAGCGUACAGCCUACACUGAAGUGAAUCAGGUUGGUGAGUUAAAUGUUUACUAUUUAUUGCUGUAUGGAGGGAGUCUUGCUUUUUUAGUAAAGUGUAGUGAAAUACAGUUUGAUAGAACCUUUGUGGCUGACAGAGGAUCCAGGAUUCUCCAGCCCUGUAAGGUGGAAGGGUAACCAACUAGAGCACACUGCUAAAAGUUUCUACCUACCAAAAAUUUCCCUCCUCUACAAGAAACUUCAGUGUCUAUGCGGGUAAUGCGACAACAUGAGCUACGUAGUGCAUUCAGACUGGCAGAUGCCGUCAGAUUCUACCCAUAAAUGCAAAAUUGUUCUCUUGGGCAUUUUAUGAAUGAUAGUCAGUAGUCCAGUGGUUUCAAUAAGCACUGACGGCCGACAACACGUGUCAGCUACUUUUCUCAUAGAAGUCGGCUACUUUUUUCUAGAAGGAAGAAGGAACUAGUUUGAAUAGCUUUGUCAACAAAAAAUAUAAUUAUCGUAAAAUCUAAAAGAAAACGUAAUUGUGAUGUGUUUUCAUAAAGGCCCACUGGUGUUACCUUAUGCUUUAGUCAUGUAAACGCUAUAUUUCAGUCAGUUUUCACAGGUUUCUUUAUAGGUUCAAGCAGAACUUGUUAACGUGCAGAAGUACGUAAUGUGGUUUUCAUCAUUUGUUCAUUCCUUGUAGGAAUUGAUUGUGACUGAUCAAUCAGAAGUUUAAUGAAAGCGACAUUUAACUGAAUGAAAAACACGCCCUUUUGUCCUCAAUUUAGUGCCCAAAACGCUGAAAAUUGCAUUUUAGGGCUUUGAAAUUUCAAAAUUUUCUCGGGAAGCACGUCACAACACCGCCCCUCCCCCUCAGGGACUAACAUGAGCUAACAUGCCCCUUUUGAUGCAGUCGGUUACUCUAUUCAAGCCUGCUGGCUACUUCAAAUUUUAUUGAAAUCCCCUGGAUACGCUGUAAUUCAGUCGAUAUUUUGACUCGUUUAACUUUCAGCUGAAUAUCACAAUAAAGUAUUCAUUGAUAACAAAAGUGAUCCUACUUCUCUUGUACUGUUAUCAGCACAGGCUUUUAGACUGAACACUUAAAAACACUCGGAAAUAACUUCAAGACCAAUAUCCAAGGAAUAACAGCUCAAUUACAUGCUACAGAUCACGUUCUGCUCGGGGUUAUUUCUCUCUGGAUGUUUAAUUCCCUUGCUAGAGUGUUGUUAGGAUUUCAGUUUCCUCUCUGAAUCAUCUAAGGACUGGAAAUUGUCUGCUAUAUAUGUCACUUUAUUAUAAAGAAAAACCAGAAAACGUAAGAGCCGCCAAACGAGCAUGUAGAGGGAGAAAAAGGAAACUGUAGUAGUUUCAAACCCUUUGGUGUUUUUUAAACUUUCUUUGCAAUUUUUCUGACCUCACGUCACCUUAUGAUUGAAACUUGUUCCCUUUAUUCUUUCAAUAGACUAACUUCGAUAUAUUAAAUUUAUACUUGGCUCCGAGGCUUGAGGAAUAAGGGCCUGUUUACAUGGAGGUGGGGGACCCCAGAUAGGUGAGGUAACCUGUUGGGAGUCACCCCACUUAUCGUGUAAACGUGAUCAAACUAAAAUGAGGGAUUAUAAGGACAGGCGGGUUACCCCACCUAAGGGGGUUACCCGACCUACCUGGGUCAAACACCUCCAUGUAAACAGGCCCUAAAACAAAAGAAAUGUAGUAUGUGUUCACUCUUGAGCCUUAAGAAGAUUUCUUUUAUAUUUUAUUCCCCCAAGCCUCGGAGUCAUGUCUGAAUUUUUAUAUAUCUAAAUAGGCCAUUUGCACGAUGGCGUCACUAUUUGCUACUACGACCAGAAUCCUAAAUUUAGUAAUCCCAGCGAGGUUUGAAUAACAAACGCACUAAUUUGCACAAGAAAGAAAAACCCUGACGGAUUCUGGUCGUAGUGGUAAAAUGACGUCAUCGUGCAAAUGGUCUACCGGUAUUGGUCUGUUAAAUAAUGCCUAAAACACUUACAUUUCGAAAAAGAAACAGUGAUUUGUGAAGCUGCUAUACGAAGUUUGAACAAUGAACUGUUAGUGGAAGAGUAUGCAGAGCACAGUAAUAUCUACCCUUCCGAUAAUUUUAGACAACUGUCAAAAUGAAGCAUCGACUGACCUACAUCACAUGAGUGACAUGACCCUAUCGCAGCUUCAGGUACUCGAUGAGGUCAGGAGGUUUUUGCAGUUAUCUAAUGAACAGUUAAAAAUUUUUCAUUGAAUCGCAGAGUCAGGCUUUUUUUGUCCAUAAUCAUUUCAAUCGCCAUGGUAAAAACGGAGCAACAGAAGCAUCUCCUUUAGGCUUGAAUAAAUCUAUUCAUUAGCGUCUUAUGAAGCCGUUCUCUUUCCAGGAAGACAAGGCAACAAGCAAUGAAGGCCAAACUGUUGAUUGUGCUAAUGUCAGCUGCAAGUUUACUUGCUUUUACACGCGCUGUGGUUGAAAAGGUGAAGAAUUAAUUCGAAAGUAUUGGAAUUAAUCUAUCUUUCGGCUGUUUUGACUAAUUGUUGCUUUCUCCUUAACACCUUCAGAGCUGUCCAGGCAGUAACGGAGUUCCAGGCAUCCCGGGAAGUCCUGGGUUACCAGGUCCUUACGGUCGUGAUGGAGCUAAGGGAGAGCCUGGACCCCAAGGACCAAAAGGCGAUCAAGGACAAGCCGGAUUGAAGGGUGAGAACGGUGCCCAGGCUCUUUCCAACUGGAAGCAGUGUGUUUCGAAAUUGUACGAGGCCAAAGACAACGGGCUACUAAAGGUAAGAUUUACAAACGAAUGAAUGCAGUCAUGGAUAUCGUUAAGAUCUUUUGAGUAUAAGUUGGUCCCAAAAUUANCCCAGCGAGGUUUGAAUAACAAACGCACUAAUUUGCACAAGAAAGAAAAACCCUGACGGAUUCUGGUCGUAGUGGUAAAAUGACGUCAUCGUGCAAAUGGCCUACCGGUAUUGGUCUGUUAAAUAAUGCCUAAAACACUUACAUUUCGAAAAAGAAACAGUGAUUUGUGAAGCUGCUAUACGAAGUUUGAAAAAUGAACUGUUAGUGGAAGAGUAUGCAGAGCACAGUAAUAUCUACCCUUCCGAUAAUUUUAGACAACUGUCAAAAUGAAGCAUCGACUGACCUACAUCACAUGAGUGACAUGACCCUAUCGCAGCUUCAGGUACUCGAUGAGGUCAGGAGGUUUUUGCAGUUAUCUAAUGAACAGUUAAAAAUUUUUCAUUGAAUCGCGGAGUCAGGCUUUUUUUGUCCAUAAUCAUUUCAAUCGCCAUGGUAAAAACGGAGCAACAGAAGCAUCUCCUUUAGGCUUGAAUAAAUCUAUUCAUUAGCGUCUUAUGAAGCAAGGACAAGCCGGAUUGAAGGGUGAGAACGGUGCCCAGGCUCUUUCCAACUGGAAGCAUUGUGUUUCGAAAUUGUACGAGGCCAAAGACAACGGGCUACUAAAGGUAAGAUUUACAAACGAAUGAAUGCAGUCAUGGAUAUCGUUAAGAUCUUUUGAGUAUACGUUGGUCCCAAAAUUAACCCUUGUGGUACUCAAAAUUUCACGUUAACAAGCGCGAUUGUUUUAUGGUUGACUUAAAAAAAAUUAAAAUGUGCGUGUUUUAAAUGACUACAAGCCUUACAUGUUACCAUCUUUUUCCAAAGGAAGGAGUAGUAAAAGUAAUGAAUUCUUGAAAAUGCAUUAAUUUCUGGCGCUGGUCGUCGAGGAAAUAGUCUGCUUAUGGCCAAAUUUUUUUUUCCUUAAGUCGUCAAAAUACAAAGCCAUUUGUGCUAGCCUUGCAAAUUAAGUUUUUACACUAAAUUAUGAGUGAUGGUUAGUACAUGCAUUGCCUUACUGAAGGAGAUCGUGAGAAAUUACAUUUACAACAUUUCCUUAAUUUGGAAUGUAUAGGAAUGUGUCUUUCACAAGAAGGAGCAAAAUUCGUCCCUACGGGUGUUUUUCUCAGGCGCUCUUCGCAUCAUGAACUGCGUUCGUUGCUGCAAACGCUGGUUUUUUACUUUUAAUGGUGAUGAGUGCAGUGGACCGAUGCCCAUUGACGGGAUUAUUUACAUGCAUGGAGUGAGGGGACUGGAACCCCUUCGUGUGCGCCAUAUUGAAGGCUACUGCGAAAAUAUCCCUAGGGGAGUGGUGCGAGUGGGAUUCAACGUGGGCAACUGUGCAGGGUACGGUAAUGCAGACGCUCAUUCCGGUUGGAACUCAGUGUCCCGGAUUGUGGUGGAAGAAGUACCAGCUCCACAGAAGUAA